GAGGCAGUGAGGGAGGAGGCCAGAGUCUGCACAGCUCACCACUUGAAAAUAAAGGAUUGAGAGAGGAGGGGUGAGAGAAGAAAAGGGGAGUAUCCAGUUCUGCCCUUCUGUGCUGCUGCAGCCCCCCUCCCACUCUGUGUAAUUUCCUUUUUUCCUCUUUCCCCUUACUCAUCUGUUUCAGUGGCUGCACUGAGAGGAAGGACACCUGCCGCUCCCUGAUGAUUCAGCUUUUCAGCUGUUUGGAGCUCCCAAGACUAGACAGCAUGUCCCUCCUGCCACUGCAGUGCUUGGCUGGCCUGUCCUCUGCACUACAUUUGCCUCAGCUAGAGCUGGCCCAUCACGUCGAUACUACCUUUUCUUCCCAAGUAUUCAGGAAAUUUGACAGUUGUUUUCCUUGUGAAAAAAAGGCAUGAAUAAGGAAUUCCUUUUUCUAAUGCAUAGACUGUCUACGUAUCCCCUGGAUUGUUAGCAAGGUUCCACUCUUUGAAGGGCAUCACCUUUCUCUGAAACCCAGCUCUCACUCUGUGUCUACACAAUGGAAAAGAUACUAAAAGACAUUGGUGGAAAAAUGUCAUUGUGUGAUGAUCUGAGUUAAUAGCUAAGGUGGUAAGAAACACUUCUUCAAGCAGUGUGAAAGGAUGACCGAGGGAAUGGAGGAAGUCUCUGCAGGGCCAGCUCCCCCUUUUGGAUCAGUCUCCCCCACUGGCUCUACUGUUGAUACUAGGCAAGUCCCAGAAGAGAAACCAGAGGAGACAGAGGCAGCUGGUGAGAGUGGGGAGGAGGCUAUAGAGGGAACUGCAGAAGGAGGUGGUGCUGGUGACGAUGGGGAGCAUGUGGGGGCUUUUGGAAUUGUGACCUUGCCAGAGGCCUGCUGUGUGUGCAUAGAGAUGGAACAGAUUAACAAUUGCCUGCACUCUGAGAAAAUCUGCAUCCUCCCCAUACUGGCCUGUUUGCUUAGCUUAGCCCUCUGCACAGCUGGACUCAAAUGGGUCUUUGUGGAUAAGAUAUUUGAGUAUGAACCACCAUCACAUUUAGAUCCUAAGUCUUUUGGACAAGACCCAAUUAUUAUACCAGUUGAACCCACAUUGGGAAUAACAGUCUCGUUUCCUCAUGCAACUCCUUCAAAUAACUCCCUAACCACCACCUUCACCCUUACCCCAGAGCAUCCUGAAGUUUCAGUAGAAGAUAAAUCUACACAACAGCCGCAUGUGUCUCAGUCUUCACGAGUGAUUGAGCCUGCUGUCACACUGAAAUAUAACGCUGAACACUAUACCACCCCAAAGCAGACUCCCCAACGAAAGUCAACACAGAAAUCACACAGCCAUCAUCAAACUAUCUUUCUUUAUUUCUCGUGUUUCCUACUCAGGUGUCCAGUUGAAUUUACUGGUGAUCGCUGCCAAAACUAUGUAAUGGCCAGCUUUUACAAAGCUGAGGAGCUGUAUCAGAAACGUAUUUUAACAAUAACUGGAAUCUGCAUUGCGCUCCUAGUCGUUGGAAUCAUGUGUGUGGUUGCCUACUGCAAAACCAAGAAGCAGAGAAAGAAACUGCGGGACCGUUUAAGGCAACGUCUAAGGAAUAAGAGGAAGAAUACCAGUACUGGUAUUGACUCCAAUGUGGCAAACUCUACCACUGGACGCCCAAAUUCUAACUUUCCUCUUCAAGAUUUGCAGCUUAUUGGUCAACAUAAUGGAAGGACAAUGAAGCAUACAGAUGAAAAGGAGACAGAGACAAACUUUUCCACAAGCAAAUAUACCUUAUCUGUGCAUAAUCCUACCACACUCACCAACAUCUCCAGUCAAAGCUGGAGUAAUGACUGGAGCAACAGUGUACAGUCUGACACUGAGUCUGUCUCUGUGAUGUCAUUGGCGGAGAAUAGCCAACGUGCCACACAGGGUGCCCGGGGUCGUCUGAAUGCCACCGGUGGCACCAGUGACUUAAGUGCUCAUUCAAAGAAGUGCCGAGAUGCACCCAACUCCAACAGACACUUGCCAAAACCAUGGGAAGAAGUGUUUAGGCAGACAUGGGCGGCCAUCAGGGGAGCGCCAGACAGAUUCGACCAGUGUGCAGCCAUGUUUGCGCCAGAUUUCUCUGGCUGGGAGGCAAAUGACUGUACAGCAGGAAGAUCAGCGAGUCUAGGUGUGGGCAGCGGUGCCAAGACAAGUUGGAAGGGUAGGCCUCCUUCGGCGGCUGCUUUGGCGGCUGCAUCGGUGGCAGCAUUUCCUCGGGAGACAGAAUCAGUUUUACCUGCACACUUCAGUACAGCAAUGCGAGCAGGCGCCAAAAUCAUGUACCACACUAAACGCGUAGCGAGAGUCAGUGUAGAUGGUGGCCGACUCACCCUCCGCAAGUUUACAGGCUUCUGUGAGCACCACAAGUUCCGCAGUCAGGUGUCUUACCCCCAGCGUAGGGUCAGGCAAGGAAUCCAGAUCGGCAUCGGCUUUCAGGCCCUGCAAAACAGCUUGUUUGUACCAGUGAUGGCAACCCUGAUCCAGCUGACUUCAGAGUCGCAGAACUCUCUUGCAACCCCUGGCUCUCCUCCAUCCGAGAUUUCAGCCCCCAUAUCCAGCCUAGCUAUCUCUGUUCCCUCUGUGACUUUAAGUCCCUCUGGUGAGGAAGAGCGCCCUUUGCUGCAUCAGCUGCACAAGUCCUCAAGCCGGGAUGUACAAAAGAGAACCUCUUCACACUACAAUCAUGGCCAUGUGGCAGAUAGCUUACCAUCUAGUCCACUGUUUGCUAUGGAGAAUACUGACUACCAAACCAUACAGGACACCAGAGCUGCCAGCUAUAUGUUUUCAAUAGCACCUGUGAAAUUAAUUAACACAAACAACAAUGUAAGUGACUGCAGCAACAAUAGUGUCACUGACCAUGUGGUUGAUUAUUUGAGGUUAAAUGGUGACAGCAUGCUAGUAAGUGAUACAGAGGAGCCUCGGGGGGAACACAUACCCUUCCUAAGUGCAGACAGGAAUACAGUCCUUUUACUCAGGGCUGUAGAUAGCGGCAGGACUAACCCAGCAUCACCAAAUGAUGACCUACCAGUGAAGUCAUCUAGCCUCAUCAACCAACAAGAUCUAAUUGCUGCGUAAAGUAAAAAAAAAAAAAGAAAGAAAAGAAAUUGCUAAGAUUACUUCACAUGGAGGAAGAAUAUAAACAAUCUUUAAACCUUUAUUUUCGAUAAAUUCUCAUAAUUUAUUUGCUGUGUAAAGACUUUUAAAGACAAAUGAAGAAUGAAACUUUUAUUUUAGAGAUGUAGUAAAUAAAGUUUUAUAAAAAAAAACAGUACAAAUGUGGUCAUGUCUUGUAGGUAAAGUGCCAUACGCUAGUAUGCAGCAGUUCAUAGUAUAGUUAAAAGAAUAUUUCAGUGCAGACAAAUAUCAAUGGUGCCUUUCUGUUUAGUAUGCUUAAGGGGCCGUAAUAUUGCAUACUGGGCCAUGUAUCACCCUCUUAUUCUUCAAGUUAAUAAUCAGAUGCUCUAUGUUGUCUGCCUUUAACAUCUUGCACUUUAGGGCACCCACUGACAUAUUUGAAAUCAAAUGUUAUGGGUUCAAAGUGCAUGCUAUGUUCUUAAAUGCUGUCAUGAAAAAAUGAGCAGACAGUUGACUUGAAUUGAUGGUUUUCCUACCUGAUGUCCUACUUUUAUCACAGUCUUAUGGUAUAUAUUAUUAGUAAGCUUAUAACCUGGAUUCCAUCAAAAUGUCAGAGAUCUUAAUAAUUUUAUUCAUCACUGGACUACACUGUGGAUGACCUGCCAGAGAAUGAAUAUUGUAGCUGUGAGAUAAAUAUACAUUCAUUAAAGUUUGCCUCAACAAGGUGCAUAAGAUACACACAAAGAGUUGUUUUUGUUUUUUGUUUUUUUUACAUUUAUAUUGAGCUAGAUAUUUACAUUCGACCAUUUCUAUGUUUAAGAAGUAUUCACUGAAUUGUAUGGCAUUGUUAUAACAAUUAAACAAUGUUCAUGCUUAAAGAGUAGCGGCCUAAUAAUCCUAAGGUUUCUGGUAUGGGUUAAGCUGGAUGCUGGUUUUCACAUGCCCCAUAAUCCUCCUUAGAAGUUUUAUUUAUUCCUAUGCUGACAGAUGUUCUGCCUAAGUAUAAACUGUCUCAGUUAAGGUGGUACAGUCAACGACUACUAGUGUGAAGACCAGCAAUUCUAAUAGUAUCUUUAAAUCAAUAAUAUCUACAAAGUUUUUAGUAAAUUAGCUACAAGAUCUAUGUCUGAUUUGUUCUUGUGUGAAUCCAACCAGUGCCUUGUAUUGCACUGUGGAUCUUAGAGAAGUGCUGAAUGUAUAAAUUGUGGUAAUUUCCUUUAAUUUAAACCAUAUUUCUGAAAAAAAAUUUGAAAUUGAAAUCCCCCCCAAAUUAACUUGUUAUCCUCUUGCUGUAAGAGUCAAGUUCAGGUUUUUCCUUUUAAUUUAAAUGACCUGUCUUGAUAUACAAUUACAAUUAAUUACAACAGAUUUGAUAUAAACAAUGCAAGAUAUACAGUCAUUUCAUCUGCACACCUUAGUACAUAGAGAAAAAAAUAUCUUGCACAUUUUGUCACUUGAAUGCUUAGCAUAACGCAGAGAACAUUGUUUUGAAAUGGGAGUGUCUUUAAUUUAUGUAAAUAUAUCAGGAAAAUCUCCUGCAUUGUUGUUUCUCACUGAAUAUCACAUUAUGUGUUUUGUGUGUUAGUGUCAAAGCAUUUGGGAUUGAAAAAGAACUUUCAGUUGUUCUGUCUCACUAUUGAUUGAUACAAUGAAAGUCUUGUGCAGCUGUAAUAAUAAAUAAAACACACAUUUCACAUUUGAGCAUACACAUGAACAUGAUUUAUAUGUCAAAUCUAUGGCUUUUUAUCAGUUUGUUUUUUUCGGUAAGGACUGAUCAUUUUAAAGAACUGAAGAUGAAUUCUCAGUUAUAAGCUAUUUGUAAUUAGACCUUCUGGACCGCUCAUGGCAGAACAAAGUCCCAACAAUGAUAGGAAUUAGGACAAGACUCCUGGUGUCUAGAUGCUGGCAGUGGUGGAAUUGAGGAUGAAGGCUUGGAUGUGGGUUCUGAAUGGAAGAAAAUGUGGAGGAGUCUGGUUGCACAUAUGAGAGUCUGAAAGACAGAAUGACAAAACAGCAGUGAGAUUUAAAGCACACAUAAGAGAGGCUGAUUGUCUUGCAGCAGGCAGGCAAGAAAAUUAUCCAGCUUAGAGUGAUGAUGUCAGUAUUGUCAGAGUUGUUUGACACUGUGGGAAAGUGGAUGUGAUGUAAAGAAUGGACUUGCAGUCAAAAACCCAGGAAAGCAGGCAGAUUAGUGAAUAAUUUCUUAUAGUAAUGCUAUCAGUAACUAUAGUGUUUAGACUACACAACUUCAAAUUAAGUCCUGGCCGCAUAUUACACUGAAAAUAAAUAAUAACACAAAUUUGUACUCCUUUUACAUACAUGUUAUUCUAUGUGCUGAGCAAUGCCAUUUUGUUUUAAUUCUGUAUUUUACUUGUAUCUUUGAUACCCAUUAAACAUGUAUUUUUUUCAUGUAAUGUCUUCUUUCAUGAAAGCAAAUAAAAGUAAUUUUUGAGC